AUGCCGGCAGGUGUGUCAUGGUCUAGGUACCUCUCAUUCCUAGCCGCAGCGACAGUCACUAUGUUUGCAGGGGCCCAAACUGUCCACAUCUACUACAAACCAUUGAGCGACUUGGAUAAAUACAUUGAAGAAGAAAUGAAACGUCGGCACAAGUAGUUAUGGCAUAUUUUAUUUUAUAAAAUGUAAAAAAAAUGUUAUUACAUUGUGUGAAGAAUUUCA